AUUUUUCUCUCUCAAUUUUUUUUUUUUAAUUGUUAAUCAAAAUAAAAACACAGAUGGAUUUUCUCAAGGAUGUUAUUAAGGAGGAGCAAUCGAAAAAGCGCAAGAUCCUCGAUGCGGUAGAGAAGCAUGGCGGAUUAGAUAAAAAGACAAAGUAUGUGAGUCGAGCGGAAUUAGAGAGAAUUCGCGAAGAAGAAUACAGAAAAAAAGAAAAGGAAAGACAGGACAAGGAAAGAGAGAAAAAAGAGCGACUUGAAGAAAUUGAGAAAAAACGUAAGCAAGAAAUUGAACGACAAAAUGCAAAGGCAGAGGAAAAAGCAAAAGAAGCACAAAAUGUAAGUGGAGGCUGUAAAAAGUAAUGAGAGAGAGAGUUGUCAUUAAAAUAGCGUCCUUUUUUUCUUUUGUUUGGCAGGAGGAGGUGAUUGAGGCGUUUAAUAUUUCAAGAGAGGAAUGUGUGCGUCGUUUAAGAGCCAUGGGACAACCUAUUCGACUUUUCGGUGAGACGGACAAACAAUGUAAAGUUCGUCUUCGUGCUUUAGAACUGAUGGAUGAGCAAUCUGGGGAUCAAGGUAGAAAUGAUUUCAUGAGAACAUUAGAAGAAAUGGAAACAAAUAUGCGAUUGGACGAUUUAAAACAAAAGGGAGGAGAGGAUAAGAAGAAGGUGAAGAAGGCCACACUGCAAGUGGAACCUAUUCAAAUUGAAUUGCUUCAGACGGAUAUUGAUCGACUUUAUGCACAAAUUUAUGCUUAUUUUGCACACACGUUAGAGGAAUGGGAGGAGGCUAUGGCCGAUCGUCCAGAGGAAGAAAAGCGAACCGGACCUGGUAAAAGAGCUGCGGUGUUACAGAAACAAACCGCUGAGUACAUUAAGCCGUUGAUGCGACAAUUAAAGAAACGAACACUGGAACCUGAUAUUUUAGCUCGUGUUGCGGAAAUUGCACAAAGAAUGCAGGUCAGACUUUAUCGAGACGCUCAGGAUGCUUAUCUUCAAUUAUCCAUUGGUAAUGCACCUUGGCCCAUUGGUGUUACCAUGGUUGGUAUCCAUGAACGUUCUGCUCGUGAAAAGAUUUUCUCUUCUCAGGUAGCUCAUGUCUUGAACGAUGAAGCCUCUAGAAAAUGGAUCCAGUCUGUAAAGCGUUUAAUGACGUUUGCUCAAACCAAAUAUCCUCCUUACACGCUUAGUCAAAUCUCUUAAUUUGCAUAUGAGAAAAAAGGGGGAGGGGAUUUAUAAUCAAAAACAAAGCCUGCUUCAAAUAUUUAUAAAACAGUUUGUGAUGUUAAUAAAAAAAAAAGAUCUUUCUGAAACCAUGAUGGAUCAAAUGGUAUCAUCGCAACAUGUGAUACAUAGAAACAACAACAAAAAAAGGUACAUUGGGACUACUCAUGAAAAAUUGGUUUAAAAUAGCUUCAUUCGGAUACUUUUUUUUCCCUCUUUUUUUUCCCUGUAGAUGG